GCCCGCCCCCGGCUCCAUCUUGCCGGCGACCAGGUUGGGCUGUGACGCUGCUCCGCGGGGUCAGAAUGUCAUACCCAAGCUAUCCGCCCACAGGCUACCCACCUUUCCCUGGAUAUCCUCCUGCAGGUCAGGAGUCGUCUUUUCCCCCUCCUGGUCAGUAUCCUUACCCUAGUGGCUAUCCUCCAAUGGGAGGAGGGGCCUACCCCCCAGCACCAAGUAGUGGCUACCCAGGAGCGGGAGGCUACCCUGCCCCUGGAGGUUAUCCAGUGCCUGGAGUCUAUCCUGGUGCACCACAGCCAGGGGGAGCUCCAUCCUACCCCGGAGGCCAAGGGUUUGGAGCCCCACCAGGUGGAGCAGGCUUUUCUGGCUAUCCACAGCCACCCUCACAGUCUUAUGGUGGUGGCCCAGCACAGGUCCCACUACCUGGUGGUUUUCCUGGAGGACCAAUACCUUCCCAGUAUCCUGGAGGACAAACUCCUUAUUUUAGUCAGAUCAGUACAGAAUCCUUUCCUUCCUAUCCUGUUUUCUCUCCUGUUUCUUUGGAUUAUAGCAGUGAAGGAAAUCAAGGAACAAUUCAACCAGCUGCCAGCUUUGAUGCCAUGAGAGAUGCAGAAGUUCUUCGUAAAGCAAUGAAGGGUUUUGGGACAGACGAGCAGGCAAUUAUAGACGUUGUAGCCAACCGUUCCAAUGAUCAAAGGCAGAAAAUUAAAGCAGCUUUUAAGACCAUGUAUGGCAAGGAUUUAAUCAAAGAUCUUAAAUCAGAGUUAAGUGGAAAUAUGGAAGAACUGAUCCUUGCCCUGUUCAUGCCACCUACAUAUUAUGAUGCCUGGAGUUUACGGAAUGCAAUGAAGGGAGCAGGAACUCAGGAACGUGUAUUGAUUGAAAUUUUGUGUACAAGAACAAAUCAAGAAAUCCAAGAAAUUGUCAGAUGUUAUCAGUCAGAAUUUGGACGAGACCUUGAAAAGGACAUUAGAUCAGAUACUUCAGGGCAUUUUGAACGUUUACUUGUAUCCAUGUGCCAGGGAAAUCGUGACGAGAACCAAAAUGUUAACCACCAACUGGCUCAGGAAGAUGCUCAGCGUCUGUAUCAAGCCGGUGAGGGGAGAUUAGGGACAGAUGAGUCUUGCUUUAACAUGAUUCUUGCCACAAGAAGCUUUCCUCAGCUGAAAGCUACCAUGGAGGCUUAUUCCAGGAUGGCUAAUCGAGAUUUGUUAAGCAGUGUUGGCCGUGAGUUUUCUGGAAACGUUGAAAGUGGUUUGAAGACCAUCUUGCAGUGUGCCCUGAACCGCCCUGCCUUCUUUGCUGAGAGGCUCUACUAUUCAAUGAAAGGUGCCGGCACAGAUGACUCCACCCUGGUCAGAAUUGUGGUCACUCGAAGUGAGAUUGAUCUCGUACAGAUAAAACAGAUAUUCAGUCAGAUGUAUCAGAAGACCCUGGGCAUGAUGAUUGCAAGUGACACAAGUGGAGAUUACCGAAAGCUUCUUCUGGCCAUCGUGGGCCAGUAGGAGAAAUUUUUUUUAAACAAAUGAAGCUAUUCAAAGCUUAUCCUUCAAAGCAAUGACUGACCUGCAUGCAGCAACACCAGCCACCUAAACAAAAGAGCUUUUCCUAAGGACUGUGUCAGGGUAUUGUGCUUGGUUUGCACAUGGGGUUAUUGCCUUAAUUCCAGUGUUUUCUUUUUCUCUUUAUAUACAAUCAAGUAAAGCCAUAUCACAAUGAUACCGUAAUAAUGCACUGUUUGUAAAGCAUAAUUCUCACUGCUCUUAUUCUAAAUAGGAUACCAAAUUGAAUAAAAUCACAACAGUCUCUAA